AUGUUGGCGGUAAAAAACUUUUUUAUGCCCGAGAAGAGAGUCGACUCUCCGCGCUUCUCUCGGAUGCCGGAGGCUUUAAUGAGGUCUAUAAGGCGCCGGUCUCUAAGAGUCAAGAGGACGAAGUCGCUGGUGCUCGUCAACGAAAAAAGGAAGUCCGAUUCUUUCGUAAACAGUCAAGAAUGGACAGCGUCCCGCGGGGUGACAGAACUACGCGUGGGGGUGCUGGGAUCCCCCGACAGCGGGAAAUCCGCUCUAGUUCACAGAUACCUUACUGGCGCGUACAUGCAAGAGGAGAGUCCCGAAGGUGGUCGCUUCAAGAAGGAGGUGAUAAUCGACGGUCACAGCUACCUGCUACUCAUCAGGGACGAGGGCGGCCCGCCCGAGAUGCAGUUUACGGCCUGGGUGGAUGCUGUAAUAUUCGUGUUCAGUCUUGAAAACGACGUCAGUUACAACACCGUUUCGACCUACUUCAAUAAGAUGUCCCACUAUCGAAAUUCCGCUGAAAUUCCGAUCAUAUUAGUUGGGACUCAAGAUGCCAUAAGUGAAAGCAGUCCGCGCGUAGUGGAUGACAACCGCGCUCGUAAAUUGUCGAAUGAACUACGGAGGUGCUCUUACUACGAGACGUGUGCAACUUACGGUUUAAACGUGGAACGAGUAUUUCAAGAUGCGUGUCAGAAGAUCGUUGGGACGAGACUGUCGGCGUCGUCUCAGUGCCUAUCUGGAGGUUCGAGGCCAGUAACUCCUCAGCCGCUUGUGAACUCACCAAGCCAUAACCAUUCUACAUUCCUUUAUAAGGAUUCCCUCCCCCGAGGCCACCACACUCUAUCUGCGUCAUCCCAUCACCUACACCGAGGAGCUUCAUCGUUUGACGCAUCAUCAAACAGCAGUGGGAUAUCUUCAACACAUGUUGUGGAAAUUCAUAGCACAAACGGCUCGGACACAUCCUCAAGAUGGGGGAAUUCCCUAGGAAGCCAUGGGUCCUCAUCAGGCCUUGUGUCGAUUGCUACAGAGAAUAAUAAUGUCAAAUUCACCGCACCGCACUGCUUGGAUAACUUACAAUCCAAGGAUAUAAAAGACCUGCCAACCCCAUCGUCAACUCCAACAACAUCAAGGAAAUCCAGGCGAAGAUCAAAUUUAUUUACCCCCUCUAAAAAGGGAGAUGAUAGAUUGAAAAAUGGCGAACUCGGCUCUGGUAGAGCGAUACCCUUAAAACAGGGGUAUUUGUAUAAGAAGAGCAGUAAAGCGUUGAAUAAGGAGUGGAAGAAGAAGUAUGUGACGCUAUGUGAUGAUGGAAGGCUGACGUAUCACCCAAGUUUACAUGAUUAUAUGGAGGAUGUGAAUGGUAAAGAGAUUUCACUACAGUAUGUAACAGUGAAAGUGCCGGGCCAGAAGCCGAGGGGCUCCAAGUCCAUUAUAACAACAGUCCCCGGGUACAAUGGAUACACCAGCAUGGAUAUACAUGAUAGUAUUGGAGGACUGUCGCUAGGUUACAAAGAUAAACCCACGCGGGUGACAGAUAAAGCUUUAAUGUCCGCGUUCGACACCUUGAAGGAGCCGGCGUCGAGUCGACAGUCGCUAGCGUCUGAAGUGGAUAUCUAUUCCGCCAACGGUACGGAUAAGGAUACGCCUCACGUGAAGAAACGACAUAGACGGAUGAAGAGCAGUGGCGUGAAGAAGGAUGGUGAAGAAGAGCUGGAGGGGUCGACGUCGUGCGAGUUCACGAUCGUGAGCCUAGACGGCAAGCGCUGGCGCUGGGAGGUGGGCGCGGGCGGCGCGGCGGGCGCGGCCGAGCGCGACGCCUGGGUGGCCGCCGUCGAGGCGCAGAUACUGGCCUCGCUGCAGGGACGGACGUCCCGGCAGCCGGCGCCCACGGGGGCCAACUCGACGGGCGACGUGCGCGCCACCUACUACAUACGCCGCGUCAAGGGCAACGACAAGUGCUGCGACUGCGGCGCGCCGGAUCCUGAUUGGGCGAGUUUGAACUUGGGAGUGUUAAUAUGUAUCGAAUGUUCUGGAAUACACAGGAAUCUCGGUUCCCACAUAUCGAGGGUGCGGUCUUUAGAUUUGGAUGAGUGGCCUUUGGGUCACGUGAGUGUGAUGGUGACGAUGGGUAAUUCAUUGGCCAAUUCCAUUUGGGAGGCGGACCUGCGCGGCCACAUCAAGCCCAUCGCCGCCUCUACCCGGGAAGAGAAGGAACGCUGGAUACGUCUGAAGUACGAGCGUCGCGCGUUCCUGUCGUGCGAGCCGGCGGCGGGCGCGGGGGCGGCGGGGGGCGCGGGGGGCGAGGCGCUGCGCGCGGCGGCGGCGCGCGGGGUGGUCGCGUCGCUGGCGCGCCUGCUGGCCGCGCCGCCGCCGCGCGCGCCCGCGCCGCACGAGCGCGCGCUGGCGCUGCGGGCGGCGGCCGCGGCCGGACACCUGGCCGCCGCGCAGCUGCUCAUAUGGCAUAACGGCAACCCAAACUUCCCCGAUGCAGACGGUCACACGUGCGUAUUCUACGCGCGCGCCGCAGCGAACCACCUCUCAGGUAUACCCACCCAAUACCCUAAAAACCUACAAAUAACCUGCCCCCUCCACCCCAACCCCCCCAUCUCUACCGGAACAGGAUCAACCAGCUCCGGAACCGGAUCAACCAGUUCCGGAACCGGAUCAACUAGCUCCGGAACCGGAUCAAACAAAAUACCGGAACCGGAAUGCAAUUGCAUCAUAUUCGAGCUACUAAAUGCUCAAGGCGCUUCAAAUGCUCUAGUCGAAAUAUUAAUUGGGCUACAGAAUAAUCAGUACAUGAAUAAUGGGUUCGAUUCCUUUAGUCAAACCUUAGGGAGGCCUUUAGGACCGAAUUUGUCUCUAACGAACGGCAAGUGCGGAAGUAUUGUG